AAAAGACAAUGCAACUCCAAACCCUUUAAAACAAUACGCAUUUAUUUAACUGAUCAAAAGUUUGUAUUUCUGUAUGAUCCCUGCAACAAUUGUUGUUGUGCCAACAUGCGAUUUGUUCACUUUAUAUUGUAUAAUUUUAUCAUUUUUAUUUAGUUUUUUCGUUUAUAAAAUGUUUGUAUAUACAAUGUUAAUGAUUUAAUAAAUAGGCUAGAUGUUUUUCGAUAAGCUUUAGCAUAUCACAUUUUUGUGAGGUUAAAUUAUUAUAAUUUUAAAUGUAAAAUCGUCGUUUUAAAACAAUUAUAGACUAUAAUCCAUUAGUAGGCCUAAUAGUAACCAGGCUAAUAAAGAAUACAUCAAUAGCCUAUUUGCAUUUAUAUUGGAUGACGUUAGCAAAGAGAAAUUGUCAAGGAGAUUACAUUUUUUUAAAUAAUUUUCUAGAUUUUUUUAAUUAGUAGUUUUUUUAUUUGCAUUUGUUUACAUUUGAACUAUUACUUGUAAAGUGUUUGUCUGGUCAUGUAUAGUUUGUUUUAUGAACGUAUCUUAAAAAUUCCAAUCCGAUGCUGUUUAAUCGUGGUGUUCACUCCGUUAAGUAAGAGAUAUUUGUAAAAAAAUUUGAAGAACUUUAUAGGGAAUUAAAUUCUUAUUGCUGCAACGUCGUUCAAAUCGCUUUUCGGUUCCAGAAAUAGCUAUUUUAUCCCUAAAAGGUGAAAAGGGUGCGAGAGUCAUUGUGAAACUAUUGUUUGUUCCAUUCGGCAUGUGAUGUACUUAUUAUUGAGGUUUUUACUGAAAAUAGGCUUGGGUUUGUAUUUGUAAUCCUCGAGCCCCUCCCCAAUCUGCCUCGAGCAGGAUAAAACUUGCAGGUGCCAGGCCAUCUACAAGUUCACCACAUCUCCAGCUAAGAAUGUUUCCCCUGCAGUUUCUCAACUUUUUCUCCAUUGCUGUGACUACAGGCUGUGAAGAGAAGAAGAAAACCCAAGGGGUCAAAAAUGAUAUCUCCAUCUUCAAAAAAGGAGAUCUGCUAGAGGUUCCUAGAACCCUCUUUACGCAUUUUGGAAUUUAUUUGGGGAACAACCGUGUCGCUCACCUCAUACCUGAUAUCCUGCCUGUCUUGAGCAGUGACACCAAGGCCCUGCAGACGAUGGUCACAAAUAACCGUCUGAUUUUGGGUGCAAUAGCAAAAAAAGCAAGUGUCAGGGUGGACUCGGUGGAGGACUUUGCCUAUGGGUCGGGGAUUAUAGUGAACAAGAUGGACAAGGUGUGCAGCCGACCACCGUUUGAUGGUGAAGAAGUGGCUAGGAGGGCUGAGAAGAUGAUUGGCUCCGUGGCUUACAGUCUCCUGUGGUAUAACUGCGAGCACUACGUCAUGUACUGCAGAUAUGGCACCAACAUAAGUUUCCAAACCUGCCAGUUCUGCAAAGCCGUGCGGAAGAUUGUAUGCAGCAAGACCACUUCUCUCAUAAGCCUAUUAGUGUGCUUGUUCAUUGUGUUAUUUCUUGGGUCCAUGUCCAUAUUUGAAAUUCUACUUACAAUCUUUAUUCCCUUUAAUAUUUGGAUGGCAUCCUGAAUCUCUGCUACAAGCCACGUCAGUCAGAAAUGGGUGAUGUGCCGGCAGACAUUUCUGUUAUCAUUUAUUGGUCAUUUUUAGUUACACAUAAAACUUUAUCUCCUUGUAUCACGUAUGAGCCAUUUUAAUACAGAUGCUAAAUUAGCAGGACAGAGAAUACUUUUUGAUUUUAAUUAUGUAUGAAUGUAAUCUUUCAAGUGAUGUUAAGGUUUACCAGAUACUUUAUUUUCUUACUGUGUAUUGUGGCUUACAAAAAUAUGUAUAUUAGCUAUAUGAAUUAAAGAACAUUUUUAUAUGA